GCCUGCUUGGAAGCUGACAUUGGUUGAAUGCCUAAGUAGCAAGUGCAUUAGAAUCUCCUAGUCAAAUCUUUAUAAUGAUCUGCUGCCAUUAUCUUCAGUAGCCUCAUUUUAGGGGUGAAGGCCAGUUUUUAAGGAACAGUUUCCCAAGGGUGGAUCGCUUAAGAAGAGACAAGGCCAGGUUGGAGAUCCCAUCUGCUGCCUCCUCUGAGCAUGCUAAGACUCUAAUCUUGUGGGCAGGACUAGGAACUGACAGCCGGUGGACAGAAAACUCAGACAGGGAGAGACGAGACCUAUGUCAAGUGGGCAAUUUGGAAUCAUGUUUACAGCUCUUUUCAGAUGCUUUGCUUUCAGAAUAGACUUCUGAAUUAGAACCAAGCUUCUCAACCAAACUUCGGUUGCUGAGUUCCUGGGUUGCAGAUACUGAUUUCUGACUUUGGAAGAUGGAUGAAGGUGUCGACCUUUCCAGCGAUGGCAAUUCCUUGAUCAAAGCCGUGCACCAGAGUCGCCUGCGCCUCACUAGACUCUUGUUGGAAGGUGGAGCCUACAUUAACGAGAGCAAUGACCGAGGAGAGACGCCUUUAAUGAUCGCUUGUAAGUCCAAGCAUGUAGAUCACCAGAGUGUCAGUAAAGCCAAAAUGGUUAAGUACCUGCUUGAAAACCAUGCGGAUCCCAACAUCCAGGACAAAUCUGGGAAAACCGCUUUGAUGCAUGCUUGCCUAGAGAGAGCUGGUCCAGAGGUGGUUUCCUUGCUGCUCAAGAGUGGGGCCGACCUCAGCUUGCAAGACCAUUCCGGUUACUCGGCCCUGGUGUAUGCUAUCAAUUCCGAAGACAGAGAGACCUUGAAAGUUCUCCUUAGCGCUUGCAAGGCCAAAGGGAAAGAGGUCAUUAUCAUAACCACAGCAAAGUCGCCCUCGGGCAGGCACACAACCAAACAGUACUUAAAUAUGCCUCCAGGAGAUCUGGACGAGUGUGACUCUCCAGACACCUGCACCACCCCUUCCGAAAUCGAUAUCAAAACCGCCUCCUCGCAGCUCACCCCUUCGGAAACCGAGAAGAUGCUUUUUGGCUUUCAAGAUCUGGAGUCUCCAGGGAGCAGUGAUGAUUCCAGGGACCCUGACUCCCCGGUGAAGAAACCAGCCUUGGUCCCUCCUGGGCCCAAGCUAUCCCAGGCGGCACCCCGGAUCAAGAAUACCCCGUCCUUGAUGCAUCAGAACAGAGUGGCCUCUUUGCAAGAGGAACUCCAAGAUAUUACUCCGGAGGAAGAGUUAUCCUACAAAGUCAACAGCCUCGCCCUUUCCAAGCGCUUCAUCACCAGGCAUCAGAGCAUCGAUAUCAAAGACACUGCGCAUUUGCUGAGAGCCUUUGAUCAAGCCAACUCCAGAAAGAUGUCCUAUGAGGAAAUAAAUUAUCCUUCUUUUUUCCCAGAAGGAAAUCAACAGAGCAUGGACAUCCCUAUGGACCAAGACCCGGACUCGAACCAGACCAUCUUUGCUUCCACCUUACAAAGUAUCGUUCAGAAAAGAAACUCGGGAGCAAAUCACUAUAGUUCUGAUUCUCAACUCUCAGCUGGUCCCACCCCAGCAUCUUCAGAGGAUGGCAAAGCACCGGUUGGGAAGAAAAAGAUCCUCUCGCCGGGUUCUUCCUUGCUGUCGGGAUCCAAAGAAGUGCAGGAGAACAUAGCACCAGGGUCCCUGAGCCGGAGAAACCACGCGGUGCUAGAAAGGAGGGGCUCCGGGGCUUUUCCUUUAGAUCACAGUGUCACCCUAAGUAGACCAGGAUUUCUGCCACCACUUAAUGUAAAUCCUCACCCUCCCUUCUCAGAUAUCAAUGCCAACAAUAAGCUCUCCAGCCUUCUUUCUUGUGGUCAGAAAGUACUUAUGCCCACGGCUCCUGUUUUCCCUAAAGAAUACAAAAGUAAAAAAAUGUUGUUCCGGAGACAAUCUUUGCAAACUGAACAAAUCAAACAGUUAGUAAAUUUUUAAGAGAUGGCUGGAAAGCACAUUUUGCUCAAGCUAUGUCAUAGAUCUAUAGAACUAAGGAAAAAAAAAUCUCAUGUGGUCAUCGUUUUACAUCUUAGAACUGGUAUGGUCUGUGUAUUGUACUAGACACUGUGAAUCCAGAAGUAAUAUAUACCAGUAGUUUCACUAAAGGAAUUCCCUCAAAAUUUAAAGCUUUUAUUUUUCAAAAAGCUUCAAUAUUCAGUAAAUUUUAUGUGAUCCAAUAUUUAAAAUUUAAACAAAAAUAAGCAAAGAAGCUCACAUUUUGAAGAUAAAGUUUUUUAGAUUUGCCAGUUUAUUAAGUUCAGGUCAAUAAAUAAGAUUGAUUUCUCGUGAUGCAUAAAAUAAAAACAGUGACAGCGAUAUAUAGUCUCUAACUUAUAAGACUAAACUGCAAAGAAAGCUUAAAAUAAUUCUUUUAAAAUGUUGACUGCAAGCUGUUGGAGAUGGCAGAAAGGGCAGAACAGAACUCCAUUUGAUCUUGAACACUGCAUAGUUCUCCAAGUGGGUGUAGCCCCUGACCAUUGCCAGGUGUGGUCAAAAAAGCGGGAGAUGGUGGUCAGAACAAUAGUUCAGUGGAUAGGGUGUUUUUGCCUUGCAUGCAGCCUUUUCAGUUUCAUUCUUGGCAUCCCAUAUAGUUCCCCUGAUCCCUUAAGAGUAAUUCUUCAGGAUUAAUUCCUGAGUGCAGAGCCAGGAGAAAAUCUGAGGACAGCCAGGGAUAACAACAAAACAAAACAAAAUAAAA